GAUACCAUCUAUGAACGAGUCCCCGCCAAAAACCCCCGAAGUCAACAUCAUCUCGUCGUACAAUAGCUCCACUUUGCUUCCUUCACACUUCACUCAGUUCACUGCCACGAAAAUGAGCAAAACCCAGCGAUUCAAACGAGUUGGAAAACUCAAGCAACCCAUUUCCACCACCGAACCCGAACACGAAACUCGACCGAGUCUCCGCUCCAAAUCAGUCACCAUUCGGGCCAAACCCAAACCCAAACCCGAGCCCAAACUAAAUCCAUUCCCAAUCUCAGACAUACCCAUCGACAAAUUGACAAUCUUGCCGCCUGAGUUCUGUCAGAUUGACUCUCUAGACCUUGCUCCACGCUUGCUUGGCAAACUUCUUCGGAAGGACGAUGUUGUUCUUCAGAUUACCGAGGUAGAAGCUUAUAGACCAAAUGAUUCGGCUUGUCAUGGUCGAUUUGGCAUUACAGCAAGAACAGCCCCAGUUUUUGGAGCAGGGGGACAUGCAUAUGUAUAUUUGUGUUAUGGACUCCAUUCAAUGCUGAAUAUUGUGGCUGACAAGGAAGGAGUUGGUGCUGCUGUCUUAAUUCGUUCUUGUGCUCCCAUAUGUGGAUUGGAGACCAUUCAGCAGCGUCGAGGUCAGAAAACUGACAAGCCAGUUCUUCUUUCUGGGCCUGGGAAGGUUGGUCAAGCAUUGGGUCUUACAACAGAAUGGUCUAACCAUUGCCUUUACACUCCUGGUGGUUUAGAACUCUUAGAUGGCCCAGAGCCUGAAAAGAUACUGAUAGGUCCACGUGUUGGCAUUGAAUAUGCUUUACCUGAGCAUGUCAAUGCUUUAUGGAGAUUUGCCAUUGCAGGUACCCCUUGGAUAAGUGCUCCUAAAAACACUCUCAGGCCACCCUCAUCUUUUAUCCAUUGCAGCAACAAGCUCUUACUGGACUCCAAAGAGUGAAAAAAUGAAACCUUGUAUGGUGAGAAUGUAUAAAUAUAAAUAUUUAUAGAUAAGAACAGGGGAAGCAGAAUUGUGUUCUCAUUCUUUUCCCCUUCUUGAUUCUGAAUACAGCCUUUUGGAUA